AUGUCUAUUGAAUACAUUUCAGCUAAACCCAGAGAAUGUUAUGACGUUGGAUUUGCGCAUUUUUAUAGAGGACAUCAAAGUAAGACGCAUACAGGUAGACAAUGUCAGAACUGGGACGCAAAGACACCUCAUGAACCUAGAUUUAUUUAUCUAAGUCCUCACAAUUUCCCCGAUAACUCAGUGAAGGAUGCGAAGAACUACUGCCGUGAUCCUGAUGGAGAUGGUAAACCCUGGUGCUUCACAACCGACCCGGCGUCCAGAUGGGAAUAUUGCGAUAUUCCACAAUGUUCUGCCAACAGAGACUGUUACAAGGAAGAAUACGCCUGGCAAUAUCAAGGGAAAACAAAUGUGACAAAGGGCAAGUUGGAAUGCCAGCGUUGGGAACACUUUUCAAACACCAUCGAAUGGACAGAAGACUUUAAACUCCCGGAAUCUUCCCUCUCAGAGGCAAAUAACUAUUGCCGCGACCCGCAAGGAUUUGAUCAACCAUGGUGUUAUACGGAUGCCAAUAAAAACUGGGACUUAUGCGACAUCAAACAAUGUCCGAAAGAUUAUUGUUAUGAAGACGUGUCCAGGAACUAUCAAGGUCAAAUGUCGAUAACUGAGACUGGAACAGAAUGCCAGCGAUGGGACUCGACGUACCCACACAAACACAGCUAUGGAAGUAUGGCCUCGAAAUUUCCCGAUAAUUCGGUCAGUGAUGCCGUCAACUACUGCCGAGAUCCAAGUUCGUCUGGUAGACCAUGGUGUUACACAACAGACGCGGAGAAGAAAUGGGAUUGGUGUGCUGUCUGGAAAUGUGAAAACAGAAGCGACGAAAACAGAUUUUAUUGCAAUUGA